CGCAAAGGAUUGUGGGAGUCUGAGUCCUGAGGAUGAGCGACCGCCCUUUGAAAGCAGCGAGACAAGCCGUCCUGCACUACAUGCGUGGAAGGAAUGGUUACGGUAAAACCACCCGCUGAAGCACUAUAAACCCCCUCCAGACAAUCAUCAAUACGACAAUGGCGGCUGAAGUCGUAGGAGGAAGUGAGUUCCCCGCUCAUUACAAAGCCAUGAUGGACAAACUCAACGAACAGCGACAGUUGGACCAGUUCACAGACAUUACUUUGAUUGUAGACGGACACCAGUUCAGAGCACAUAAAGCCGUGUUGGCAGCGUGCAGUCAGUUCUUCCACAAGUUCUUCCAGGAUUUUACCCAGGAGCCUUUGGUGGAGAUUGAAGGGGUUAGCAACAUGGCGUUCCGGCAACUGAUGGAGUUCACGUACACCGCCACAUUGGCCGUAGCGGGAAAAGAAGAAGCCUACGAUGUGUGGAAGGCUGCCGAAUACCUCCAGAUGCAGGAAGCCAUCAAGGCGCUCAGCAACAAGAUCGACGAAACUCCUUCAGUGACGGAAAAGCGUAGCAGUAGAAAAAGGAAGUUUACAGAGACGUCUUACGUGAUUGCAGAAGCCCUGCCCGCAGUGGAACAGGUAGAGGUAGAGAUGAUAGCGGAUGGUGCCAUUGCUGUGGAGGACACAGGACUGGAGGAGGUAGUCGAUGUGGCAAACAACGCCCAGUCAAACGACUCGGCGUUGGCGUUGCUUGCUGACAUAACCAGCAAGUACCAGCAGGGGGAGCCUUCACUACAAGUAGUGAAGAAAGGAGACAUUGAAGAGGAAGUCCUCUAUCAGGAAGAAACAGUGACGGCUUCUAAAGUGCUCGAGAAUGUGGAGGUGGUGGAGGUCCAGAUAUCUCAAGUGGACAACACCUUUCGCUGUAGCAAGUGUGACCGCAGCUUCAAACUGUACUAUCACCUGAAGCAGCACCUGAAAACGCACCUGGGCAUGAUGAAAAAGCAGCACGUGUGCAGCCACUGCGGCAAAGCCUACACGCGGGAGGGCGCCCUCAAUCAGCACUUGAGCUCAUUCCAUUUCGAAGCAGAGGAGCUGGCUCAAAAUCAGAAAGCCCAAAAGAGAGUCCAUGUUUGCGAGUACUGCAAGAAGCACUUUGACCACUUUGGACACUUUAAGGAGCACCUGCGAAAGCAUACUGGUGAAAAACCAUACGAGUGUCCAGACUGCCAUGAAAGAUUUGCAAGGAACAGCACACUCAAGUGCCAUAUGGCUGCCUGUCAGAACGGAGCAGGGGCCAAGAAGGGACGGAAGAAACUCUAUGAAUGUCAGGUGUGCAACAGUGUAUUCAACAGCUGGGACCAGUUCAAAGACCAUCUCGUGAGCCACACUGGAGACAAGCCCAAUCACUGUACCAUGUGCGACUUGUGGUUCACUGACCCUAAAGAGCUUAAGGGCCACCUCAAAGACACUCACUCCAUUGAGGACGACCAGUCGCCCCAACAGAUAGUGGUCGGCGACACCGCGGUGCUCGGCAUCACGACGCAAAACAUUGAGACAACGGAAACGGUGCUGCUGGACGACGGCAUCCAAGUGGAACAUGUCACGAUGGACCCCAUAGAAGUGAUGGAGAUGGAAGAGACCACCACAGUGGUGGUGGAGGACGGAGGCAUGACUGAGAUGUGUGAGGAGGACAUGGAGAGACUGAAGCAGGCCGGCGUGCAAAUCCAAGUGGUGCGGGUGUCCUCUAGUGACGUGGAACAGCAUAUAAUAUGCCCUCAAGUGGAAGUAGAGGUGGAAGGGGAGAUGCUGAAUGUAGACGAAACCAUACACGCAGUGGUUGUAUGAAAAUGUACAUCAGAAUGGACUUACUUUGAGAACUGAGCACUGCAUGGACACUGUACAUCAUCAAAAUAUCCUCUUUUUUUUUUGGCAUGGUUCUCAACGCUCCCCCUGGACAGCUGUGUAUUUGCCAUGUACGAAAGAAUACCGUAUUUUUCGGACUAUAAGUUUGCUCCGGAGUAUAAGUCGCACCGGCCGAAAAUGCAUAAUAAAGAAGGAAAAAAACAUACAUAAGUCGCACUGGAGUAUAAGUCGCAUUUUUGGGGGAAAUUUAUUUGAUAAAACCCAACACCAAGAAUAGACAUUUGAAAGGCAAUUUAAAAUAAAUAAAGAAUAGUGAACAACAGGCUGAAUAUGUUAUAUGACGCAUAAAUAACAAACUGAGAACGUGCCUGGUAUGUUGAUUGAUUGAUUGAGACUUUUAUUAGUAGGUUGCACAGUGAAGUACAUAUUCCGUACAAUUGACCACUAAAUGGUAACACCCGAAUAAGUUUUUCAACUUGUUUAAGUCGGGGUUAACGUAACAUACUAUGGUAAGAGUCAUUCAAAUAACUAUAACAUAGAUAUAUAUGUUAUAGUUUACAUAUAGUUUACCAAACUAUCUGUCACUCCUAAUCGCUAAAUCCGAUGAAAUCUUAUACGUCUAGUCUCUUACGUGAAUUAGCUAAAUUAUAUUAUUUGAUAUUUUACGGUAAUGUGUUAAUAAUUUCACACAUAAGUCGCUCCUGAGUAUAAGUCGCACCCCUGGCCAAACUAUGAAAAAAACUGCGAUUUAUAGUCAGAAAAAUACGGUAUUGUAUUUCAACACCUUCAUCAUAUCACACAUCGCCCUGUGAUUUUUUUUUUUUAAUUUGGCUCGCUGGUAAAAUGGCGUGGCUUCUCAUAUGAAACCUAACACACAACAGCGCUUGGCAGUAAUGUUACACUUUUGAUCAACCAGAUUGAAUGAUUUUUGUAGGAAAAAUAACAAACUGUUUACAGAAUACCCUACACUUAUUUUCCCAGUAAAACAACACCAUAUAUAUUUUGUC